UGACGCGUCAUAACUGCAACCUGGUACGACGAGCCCGCCCGCCCACGACGCACCGCGCAAGGACUUCCCUCCCUCCCCCAACCUCCCACUGCCUCGCUAUAACUCCACGAACCACCGCCCCGCUCCACGACACCGUCCGCCGUCCCACUCUCUCACCAAUGGCCGCCCGCCGCCGCCUACUCCUGCUACUCCUCCUCGUGCUCACCCCGGCGCUCUCGCAGACUGUGCUCGGCGCUAGCGGCGGCGGACAGGGACAGGCCAGGAAGACGUACAUCUUCCGCGUCGACCACCGGGCCAAGCCGUCGGUCUUUCCCACCCACGCGCACUGGUACUCCUCCGCGGCCUUCGCGUCGGCGGCGGCCAGCGCCGGCGGCCCGCUCGAGCCCCUCCACGUCUACGACACCGUCUUCCACGGCUUCUCCGCGUCGCUGUCCGCGUCCCGCGCCGAGGAGCUGCGGCGCCACCCGGCCGUGCUCGCCGCGUUCGAGGACCGGGUCCGCCAGCUGCACACCACCCGCUCGCCCCAGUUCAUGGGCCUCCGCGCGCGCCUGGGGCUGUGGUCCCUCGCGGACUACGGCUCCGACGUCAUCGUCGGGGUGCUGGACACCGGCGUGUGGCCUGAGCGCCGGAGUCUGUCGGAUAGGAACCUCCCGCCCGUCCCCGCCCGGUGGCGCGGCGGCUGCGACGCGGGGCCCGCGUUCCUGGCGUCCUCCUGCAACAAGAAGCUCGUCGGCGCGCGGUUCUUCUCGCAGGGCCACGCCGCUCACUACGGCGUCGAGGCGGCGGCGUCCAACGGGUCCGUGGAGUACAUGUCGCCGCGCGACGCCGACGGGCACGGGACGCACACGGCCACGACGGCCGCCGGGAGCGUUUCCUACGCGGCGAGCAUGGAGGGGUACGCUUCCGGGGUCGCCAAGGGCGUCGCGCCCAAGGCAAGGGUGGCCGCGUACAAGGUGUGCUGGAAGGGUGCCGGCUGCCUCGACUCCGACAUCCUGGCUGGCUUCGACCGCGCCGUCGCGGACGGCGUGGAUGUCAUCUCCGUCUCCAUAGGCGGCGGCAACGGCGCGGUGUCGCCGUUCUACAUUGACCCAAUUGCCAUCGGCUCGUACGGCGCCGUUUCGCGGGGCGUGUUCGUGGCCACCUCUGCGGGAAACGAAGGGCCCGCUCCCAUGUCAGUGACCAACCUCGCGCCGUGGAUCGCCACCGUGGGCGCCGGCACCAUCGACCGCAACUUCCCCGCCGAGAUCGUGCUCGGGGACGGGAGGCGCAUGUCUGGAGUGUCUCUCUACUCCGGCAAGCCCCUGGCCAACAACACAAUGCUGUCUUUGUACUACCCCGGGAGGUCAGGUGGGCUGUCAGCUUCGCUGUGCAUGGAGAACUCCAUCGACCCGUCGCUUGUGGCCGGCAAGAUUGUCAUCUGCGACCGCGGCAGCAGCCCACGCGUGGCCAAGGGGAUGGUCGUCAAGGAAGCUGGUGGCGCGGCGAUGGUUCUGGCCAACGGGGAGGCCAACGGCGAAGGUCUAGUAGGGGACGCCCACGUCCUCCCUGCUUGCUCGGUGGGCGAGAACGAGGGCGACGCGCUCAAGGCGUACGCUGCCAACACCACCAACCCGACCGCAACAAUUGUGUUCCGGGGCACGGUCAUCGGCGUCAAGCCGGCUCCCCUGGUGGCCUCCUUCUCGGCGCGCGGGCCGAACGGACUCGUCCCGGAAAUCCUCAAGCCCGACUUCAUCGCGCCCGGCGUCAACAUCCUCGCGGCGUGGACGGGCGCCACCGGUCCAACCGGCCUGGAGGCCGACGCCCGGCGGACGGAGUUCAACAUCCUGUCGGGGACGUCCAUGGCGUGCCCGCACGCGAGUGGCGCCGCCGCGCUGCUCCGGUCCGCGCACCCCGGGUGGUCGCCGGCGGCCAUCCGCUCGGCGCUGAUGACCACGGCCAUCGUGACCGACAACCGCGGCGGCGCCGUGGCGGACGAGGCCGAGCCCGGGCGCGCCGCGACGCCGUUCGACCACGGCGCGGGGCACAUCGCGCUGGGCAAGGCCCUGGACCCGGGGCUGGUGUACGACGCCGGGGACGAGGACUACGUGGCGUUCAUGUGCAGCAUCGGGUACGCGGCCAACGCGAUCGAGGUGAUCACGCACAAGCCCGUGGCGUGCCCCGCCGCGACGGGCAGGAAGCCGUCGGGGUCCGACCUUAACUACCCGUCCAUCUCGGUGGUGCUCUACGGCGGCAACCAGUCGAAGACGGUGAUCCGCACGGCGACCAACGUCGGCGCGGAGGCGUCCGCGACGUACAAGGCGCGCGUGGAGAUGGCGAGCGGCGGCGCGUCCGUGGCGGUGAAGCCGGAGAAGCUCGUCUUCUCCCCGUCCGCGAAGAAGCAGAGCUUCGCGGUGACGGUGUCGGCGGCGUCCGCCCCCUCCACCGCGGCGCCCGUGCACGGGCACCUCGUCUGGUCGGACGGCCGCGGGCACGACGUCCGGAGCCCCAUCGUGGUGACGUGGCUGCAGCCCAUGUGAUUGACAAGUGGGGGCACGCCCGGUCCGAGAGCGGUUGGCGAGUGAGCAGAAGUCAGAGCGAGUUGGACUGCGGUGGUAACGGUUGCGGUCGGGGACCCUGCGCAUUGAAGGUGGCAGGGCGCAGUAGUUUAAUUACGUAGGGCCUUUUUCACUGCUGAGAUUGAUUAAAAGCAGCGCAGGCAGUGAGAUAGUAGUCCUACA